AAGUUAAUUUUUUUUUGUCUAUAUCUCCUUUUAUCAAGGUUAAAACCGCAAGAAACAGUAUUUCUAUCACGUCGGAGUCGGAGAGUGUCCGACCAUCUGGAAGAUGAAAGAGAUUCAUCAGAGCCGCAAUGGCUGUUCCCAGAUAACAUCUGGCUUUGCAUAUUUUCCUAUCUGUCACUGCAAGAAAGAACUCAAGCUUCUUACGUUUGUCAACGAUGGAACAAUCUUUGUAAGGACUCUUUAUUCUGGCGCGAAGUGGACUUUAAAUUUUGCGGGGCUGCUCAGCCAAUAACGAACGAGACAGUAAAAGCUGUAACUUCAUAUUCAACGGGGAUCCAAAGCAUUGACCUGUCAGGUGACCAUUGUAAGCCAAUCACUGACGAGGCCAUUGGUCACGUGGCACGUUCCUGUCCGCGCUUGCAGAGACUGAACAUAGCUGGGCGAACAAAGGUUUCUAACCGAGGGCUCACUGUAAUCGCGAGGAAUUGUCCCCUCUUGAAAGAGCUGGACGUAGAAAAAUGCCAAGAGAUCAGCAACAACGGAAUCAAAUCAAUUGCCAGUCGGUGCCGUGAACUAAAAAGUCUCUCGGUGGCGAGAUGUCACAAAAUUACCGAUAAAGGGAUAUGUUUUGUGGCACAGGAAUGUAAUAAUUUACAACGUCUUAGCAUCGCAGGUUGCAGCAGAAUCACGGAUAAAAGUUUGACAACUCUCGGAAAACACUGUGACUUGUUACGAGACAUUAACCUUAAAGACAUUCAAAGCAUUACUUCUUAUGGCAUUGAGAGACUGGUCAGCGGCAACCCGAAUUUGACGCAUGUGCAUUUGGGGAUUGUACAGGACACUAAAAUCACUUUGGCGACUUUGCAGAUUAUUGUCAAGCAUUGUGAAAAAUUGGAGUUUCUGAGUUUUCAGCAUUUUCAUCGGGCUGGCGUUGUGACCGGAGGGGUACGAAAAGUAAACAAGAAAAAACUUGGCGCUUUCAUCAACAACCUCAACGCCUGUGUAGUUUCAAACAAUAACCGAUAA